AUGUUUAGAGUUUUAUAUGUAUUUGUGAUAUCUGAUUUAUUUUUAACGAUUUGUGCGACAUGUCCAAAGUUUCUAAGUGUAAAUAUUACUGAUGGCUAUAAAGAGGGCGAGAAUAUAACACAAGAUGGAAUCACGUUUAGUUCUCAAAACUAUUUUGUGGAAAAUUCAAGCAUUUACGGUUGCGUUUGUAAUAUUAAAAAUUGUGUGAGAAAGUGCUGUGAAAAUGAUUCAUAUCUCAAUAAUGGUGUAUGUAGUUUUAAAAAUGGAUCACAAGAUGAAGAUUUUGUUUUUUAUAACUUAACAAAACCGUACGGCAAACACGUUCCGGGCCAAUUCAUUAUUCAUGGAAGGUCUUGUGAGUCCAAAAUGUUACAAAUCAGGUUGGAUGGUGAGUUUUACCUUCAAACUAAUGGAUCUUUAUAUGGUUUAGAUUUGUCGGAUACGUACAUUAUGUACUCUACCCUUAACUAUUGUUUGGAUUAUUCAUCAGAUGAACAGAGGAUUCAAGCAUUUAUUUGUAUUUCUGAAAAGGAAGCAGAUGACGUUGAUAAUUCCAGAACAAUAGGCUCAGUCCACAUUUUGUUUAAAUAA